UGUGAGAGUUGGCACUGGGAACGUUUCAGAACAGCUUAACAUCGGACGGCCAUGGCGCUGCCUGCAUCCUUUCUGUCUGAAGACCAAUUCGCCUGCUCCAUCUGUCUGGAGGUGUUCACCAACCCAGUGUCUACACCAUGUGGCCACAGUUUCUGCCAGGCCUGCAUCUGCUCCUAUUGGGACGGAGGAAGAGGAGGAAACGCCAAGAUCUACCAGUGUCCCCUCUGCAAGGAGUCCUUCCGCAAGCGACCGGAUCUCCAUAUCAACCGAACCCUGAAGGAAAUCACUGAGCAGUUCAAGCAGAUGUCUGAUGUUGGAGGAGGAGUGGAAGAUCCCAACGCCAAUCCACAUCAUCAACAUCCCCUGGCCUUGUCUUCACCCCCAAGGCCAGGGGAGAUGCCGGGGAGCGUCAUUACAGAGAUGAGGACCCGUUUUCAGCAGCUGCCGUCACCGGGGAUGCCACACAAGUCCUUCCAGGUUCUGAACGAGCAUAAUGAUCCACCACCGCCCUACUCCCCUCCUCGCAGGUACCAAGCCAAAGUCGGUCCUGGUGACACUUCUCCCAAUGUGCCUCUGUGUCCCAUCCACCUGAAAGGUCUGGAGUUCUUCUGUAGAUCUGAUAACAACUGUGUGUGCAGCCUCUGUGUGGAGACAGGAGGUCACAGAGGACACAAUAUCAUCCCUGCCAAGAGAGAAUGGCAUAUCAAGAAGUCCCAGUUAGGCAUCGAAGAGGUGGAGCUGAAGGAUCUCAUCUGUGAGAGAGAGAGGAAAGUGGAGGAAAUACAAAACUCCUUACGGGACAUAAAGUCUGCUGCUGAGAGAGAGACAGGUGGAGCUGUUUGUGAGUUUUCUAAGCUGAUCUCCACUGUGGAGCGCUGCCAAGCUGAAGUGUUGGAGGUGAUAGAGAUGAGCCGUCGAGCGGCUGAGCACAGAGCACAGAGCCUGCUGAGAGAGCUGGAGAUGGAGAUCACUGAGCUGAAAAAGAGGAGCACAGCACUGAACCAGCUCGCUCUGACGGAGGACUACAUCCUCUUUCUGAAGACCUACUCUGCGCUGUCCACACCUCCACAAGCAAAAGAUUGGUCCAAUGCUUCCGUUGCAUCUGAGCUGACCUCUGGGGAGAUUCUCAGGACUGUCAGUCAAAUGAUGGCACGCUUUCAGGAAGAGAUGCGGAAACUGCCAGAAGCCUGCCAGAGACCCUCGUUGGACCUAGCAGUACCCAGGGCCAAACCAAAAAUAAAGAGGGUUCAAGAAUAUGCAGCUGACAUCACCUUAGACCCCAACACAUCCCACCCACGUCUCAUCAUCUCAGUGGAUGGGAAGCAGGUGUGCUGUGGUGAUCGUCAUCAGUCGGUACCAGACAACCCAGAGCGCUUUGACCGGGUGGUCUGUGUGCUGGCUCGCCAGGGUUUCAGCUCAGGACGACAUUACUGGGAGGUGGAGGUGGGAGGAAAGACCGACUGGGACCUUGGUGUGGCAAGCCGCUCUGUCCAUCGGAAAGGGAAAAUUAGCGUAGGUCCCGCCCACGGCUACUGGUUCCUCAGCCUGCGGGACAGAAGCGACUACGCCUUCCGAACAGAACCCUCCACCAGCCUCUCAGUCAACCUCAGACCCUCCCGGAUUGGAAUCUAUGUGGACUGUGACAAGGGUUUGGUGUCCUUCUACAAUGUGGAGGCUAGAAUGCUCAUCUAUACAUUCACAGAUACUUUUCCUGACACCAUCCACCCGUUCUUCAGCCCCUGUACUAAUAAAUCAGGAAGAAAUGAGGCUCCAAUAAUCAUUUGCCCAGUCACAAUGACAGAAUGA